ACAAUCAGAUUCUCUGCAGGCGGUGUUGCACAUCACAACCAAACUGCAUCCCUGCAACUCUUCUUCUUCUCCCUGAAGUCAAAGUGAAAAGCAAAGAUGGGGAAAAUAAACGGAUGCCUCAAGUGCCUCUUUAUCUUCUUCAAUGUGCUGUUUGCAAUCGUCGGAUGUUUGCUGAUAUUUGUGGCAGUGAAGGCCUCUGCUUUGGCAUUCCAGAUGUCAGCAUUCGGAGGCCCGGGAGUAGGCUGGAUCUGGGUGAUUGCAAUCGGCAUCUUUGGCAUCUCCUCUCUGGGAAUCUUCGCCGCCUGCUCCGAGAAGGACCUUUUCCUUAAAAUAUUUGCAGGUUUCAUGGUAGUUGGAAUGAUCAUCAUGCUGAUCUUUGGAACAGUUGUGGCUGUUUUCAGAAACACGAUGAAAGAAAACUAUGUAAAUGCAUCCAAAGAAUUUGCUGAUCCCAUCAUGAAAAACGAAGAUUCAAAGAAAAUGCUCUCGUCCUUCCAAGAAUUUUGGCAGUGCUGUGGAGUGGUCAGUGCUGAGGACUGGGGUACAGAAAUACCUUCCUCCUGUGAAUGCAGGGAUACUAAUGGACCAUUUGGAAGGCCUGAGUGUAAAUCCACACCUGCAGGAUACACAGGACCGACUCAAAUCUAUUCCAAGCCCUGCAGCGAUACCAUCUUUUAUUAUAUUGACAUUGCCUUCAAGAUUACCCUGGGAAUCCUUUUUGGAUUUGCUAUCACUGCACUGUUGGGCCUGCUCAUCUCCUUCCUCAUGAUCCAUCAGGUCAAACGUCACGACAGCAUUGGAGGACCUUCCAUCUCCAUGAAGGGAUACUGAAGUUAAUGUCCGCAUUUGAAUGUUCCCCUCUGUAAUGUAACCAUGGGUCAGAUAUUUUAAGUUUUUAUCAUUUAACACAUGAUACAGAGGGAUUUUGUGGCAUGGUGCGAGAAGAUGUCUUCUGCGGCAUUGAUCUUGUUUACUUCUGAGUUUGUAUGAAUGAAAAUCCUUCCAAUAUAAAAAGGUAUUUUUGUACAUCUUUAUGUUAUGUGCUGGGAUGCAGUAUAAUAGUAAUCUGUGACAUGUGAAACACAGAAAACAAUCAGAAUCUUCUGAUCAACAACACCGCCUUAAAACUGAUGGGAGAUGGUCCUAAAACAUCUGGAAUCCGUUGGGGAGGAAACCAUGAUGGAUUAACAGCUCAGGGUUUCCACACACCCUAAACUCAACCAUCAUUUAAAAACAAUUACAAGGUUUUAAACCAAAGACAAACCAUGGGCUGUAUUUUUCAUUCUACACCUUCUAAGUCAAGGGUCUGCAACCUGCAAGUGGCUCUUUGGACCGUCCACAAUGGCUCAGUAACUUUGCUAAAAAUGAUAAAGAACCAAAUAAUGUUUUUAAAUAUACGUAAAAUAACAAAUGCAGAAUUUAGCAGUUUUUUCAUGGAAUAGUUGCAUUGAAUUUUAUUUUUCUUUUCAUUAGAUUGAAAAUUAUGUGCUUUUAUUUUUUUCAUAAUUUUAAUAUCAACAUCCCAUAAAAGUUUUGUUUUUCCUUUAUAUUAAAACCUAAAACUAUAAAUCUAAAUAAAAUGGUGGUUCUUGAAAAAUGACAACAAAUUUCCAAUAGUAGAUAUUUAGAAAGAUUUUUUUGUUGUGCAACAUUUGUGUCUCUGAAUGAGUUUUAUUUAGACUUACUGAGGGCAAAAAUGGCUCUUUGGACUGUAAAGGUUGCAGACCCCUGGCCUAAAUGUUCACCUGAUAAAUAUGCUUCUUCCAGAGAGGCUAAAGCUUUUAUGCUGUUGGAUUUAAAUGUUUAAGCUUAAAGCUUUGGACUAAAUUUGCCAGUGAAAGUUGUAACCUCAGCUUUUUAUUUCAUAAACGUAACCAUAAAGCCAUGACGUAUAUAAAAAUAACAUAGAUUUCAUGAUAUUUCGUCUGUAAAAGUAUUUGACAUUUUGAAUAAAGGUGACAUUCCCACAGA